CGCCUGGUUGAUAAUGGUAGAAGUUGUUCGAAACAACUUCGAGGAUGUUUUUCCUGAGAUCAAGGAAGCUAUCGAAGAGAGUGCCUUCGUGGGUAUGUGAGAUUUUGUUAUAGAAACCUAAAUUGCUGAUGACGGUCGUUCCCGAUCCUAAAAAGACCUGACUAAGACCCAUACUCCGCAGGUUACAAUACUAAGUUCAUAGUGUACUUGGUCUGUAAAGGGCAUGGUCGAAACUAGGAAUUUCAAACUUCUCUACUGCUCAACCUCCCCUUCUACUUCAUGACACUAGAAACUUCAGUGAGGAAGGAGAAAGACCUGUUUUGAAACAUGCCUUUGUUGAUUUGUUCGUGUAAGUUUGGCCACCAAACUGAGACAACUCUGUCUACAGGUACACCCCAUGUCUUACCCAGCAGUCACCAGGGCUGUCAACCCCCCACGUCUUCAAAUAUUGAGAAUUGAUGGGGAAGGGAUGAUAGAUGACAUCAUAAUGCACGGCACAUGACGUCAUUGUGAAAAAAACGUGCCAAAAAGAUGUUAUUGGAAUUGUAUCAUUUGACCUAAUUGGUUUACUUCCUACCAAUCAUUAUUGCGUAUAUUGCAACGGCAUACCAGAUUUUGUGAGAAAAUGUUUGAUGUUAACAGUAAAGUAGAUCAAAUAAGGCAACGUAUUUGAAAUUUCAUUGUCAAAAAGUCGAAUCUACAAGAAAUGGCAAACUUUGGCGAUUAUCCAGGAGAUAUCAGACUAAUCUGGAGACCAGGAGAAACGGUUCAAAAUCUGGAGUCUCCCAGAUUAUCUGGGAGAGUUGAUAGCCGUGAGUCACUGACUAGUGGAACUUGGGUGGGAUUUGUCAAUAGAGAAGUCCUUCACCAGCAUCUUUUGGGCAAGUCCCUCUCCCCCCCACCCUCAGCUUUUGAAAUUAUGUUAGGUGUAAUAAUAUGCCUAGCAUUUUAAUUUUCCAGAUCUUUGUAAUGGCUUUUGUCUUACAAUGGCAUGGCCUCUGGUCACUGCUAGUAAGAAAUCCUCGUGUGAAUUUCGUAAGAAAAGUUUAUUGGUAAAUUAGUUUAUUGAACUUAAUGUUUGCAAAAGGGGGAGGGGGGUACACAAGCAUGUAAGACCCGCAGCCAUGCCCACAGCUGUUGUACCGGUAGAAACCACCUUCAAAGAUGGUAUAUCUACACUAAAUACUUACAUAUAAGUGAACCCAAUGAUAUAUUUUCUUUCAACAUUAUUUCAUUUGUAGCUAUUGAUGCAGAAUUUACUGGUCUUCAUACAACUGAUGGCUCUCAACCAAGGUAUUGUAUUAUGAAUAUUGACCCCCUCUUUGUGCGUUUCCAGGAGGGAAAAUGUAAAAAAAAGCGUCUGGGGUAGCAAGUGGACCAAAACAGGGGGAAAGGGUAGGUUUGAGAAGCAAUUUAAUAUUAUGAAAACCAGGGUGGCGCAGUGGUGAAAGCACUUGCCUCCCACCAAUGUUUUGUGGGUUCAAAUCCCAACAUCUAUGCCAUAUUUGGGCUGAGUUUGUGGUUUGUUCUUUCCUUUGCUCCGAGAGGUUUUUCUCUGGGUUCUUCAGUUUUCCCCUCCCCUAUAUGCUUCCAAAUUUGAAUUUUAUCUUGAAUGCACUGACAUUUGCAAAACAGUUCUUACAUGUAAUAGUCCUGGGGCCAAUUUCAUAGAACUUUUACUUAAGUGUAAUUUACAAGUGUGCCCAUUGUUUUAGUGUCUAGAAACAAGAGCUACACUUGUAAUAUUAUAGUUAUGUUAAAUUGACCCCUGUUCCAUCCCCACUUGUGUAAGAAUAUACAUAAUAGUUUUUCUAUUUUAUCCUUCCCAAGGUUAAUUAGCCAGAAGGGUGUCCAGCUGUCCUAUGGAUGCCCAUUUUUGGAAGAAAUACAAGGAAAAUUCACUUAAUCUCUUAUAAUUUUAUGGAAAAACACGUGCUCUGGAUGGUCAGUUUUCAAUGUCUGGCUAGAAGCCUGAUCGACCCUUCCUGUAUUGCCUAAAGUGAACUGCAAUUUUAUAUUGAAGUGGCUAUUUUUCAGUAUGUUCACAGUACACUUCUGUCUGUAACUCGAUUGUUAUUCUCUCCAGCUUGUUUGAUGAUCCUGAAACAAGAUACAAGAAAUUAAAGAGAACAGCUUCCCAGUUUCUGAUCAGCCAGUAUGGUGAGUUCUAAACACUUUUCUUGAAUUAAUUUUUUGCCUGCAUGCAGACGACUCCUAUUUCCUUUGUUGCACGUGGAAAAGAAACAUGUUGUGCAACAAGAGACGUUUGCGUGCAGUCAACUUGAAUUUAUGACUUUAAUACAGUAAUAUCAUAGAUUCUUUUAAUUGAGUAUGAGCACCUACAUGGUAAUGAAAUGCCAAAUUUGUAAAUUCACUGGCCUGUUGCAGGCAUUUAAGACCAUUUAAGCAAUAGAAAAAGUUUUCCGUGUUUGCAUAGCCUGAUAUAAACACGAGAAGGGUUGAGAGAAUUCGAGACAGUUAUGCAAAUCCGCAGUCAACUUGAAUUUUAUAUCAGGCUUUAUUAUAGAUUCUUUUAAUUUUGUAUGGCUAUUAAAAGAGAAAUUCUUACCAGGUGCAAAAUCCCGCUAAGUCUGUUAAUUCUUGAAAAAGAUGCCAAAAUUUGUAAAUUCACUUCUUUUGGCCUGUUUCAGUGGAUUUAAGACCAUUUUGAACUGGUAAAUUGCAGUUAAUAGACUAGAUGGACAAAACAACCAUGUUUACAUACUGAAGAGUGGACCAGUAAAACUGGAUGGACAAAAGGAUGAACAGUGGACCAAAAACUGGAUGCAUUUUUUUUUUCUAGCCUUAUUUAAUAGUCCAUUCCACCAUAAGUGGAAUGCUUUUGGAACAAAUAAUUAUGCUGUCAAAUUUGGUCUUUUUUUUUUUUUUUUUUAUAGCAUUGCCAAUUUUCAAGCAAAUUACUAUAACAGAUAAUUACUGAUAAAGUAAUUAUCUGCUUGACCUGCUUUAGAUUAAUCGGGUAGUGCUCAAAAUGUCACCUUUGUGAAUUAUUGUCAAACUAAUAAAACUGUGAACACCUGUUCAAGGAAUGAUUUUUGUUUGACCAGUCACGGCGAAGAUCAGGACUUGCGAGCAAGCUACAAAGCCACAAACUAAUAAUAUUAUUAUCUUAAAGAUCAUUUUUUUAAAUCACAGGAUUGACAGCUUUUGUCCCAUCCAAAGAAGAUUCUAACAAGUAUGUUCCCUGCAAAUGUUUUUGGUGUGGAUUUUUUUGCAGCCUUAUCAUGCCCAUGUAGUAGAAGAAAUUUUGAUAAUUUCUUUGGACAAUAUUCCAUAGCAUGACCAUUCAUAUGUUACCUUUUUAAAUAAAAAAGUAAUGUUUUUACACUGCAUAUAAUAUGGAAGAAUUGGAGGUUUGGGUGGUUUGAAUGGCCUUUGAUAACCCUUGAUUUGCAUUAAUGGCAUAGCAAGGUUCAACCCCAACAAACAGGGAAGCCUUAUGUUUUGCACAUCCAAAAAAUGAUACCUUGAACAUGCCUCAAACUAGGUACCCUUUGCUACUAACUGGAACUCAAUUCACUUAGUUUCCCAACCCUAAUCUCUAAAGUUCAGAGUCAUUUAGCAUUUUGCAUUUUUUGCAUUUUGCUUUUUUCAGGAUUCUACAAAAUACCCUUCCUAACUUGUGCUGUGAUAGAAAGUUGUAUCACGUUCAAACGAAAGGCAAAGAUCACCUUUACUGCCCGUAGCAGAGACCAUAUUAAAGUGUAUGCAUUGGUCUGCUGGGUCAGAAUAUUAUUUUUAUGCAAUUAUUUAUGCUGAGAGAGGAAAGGGGUUCUAAUGCUCUCGCUGUUGUAUAUUUAUUUUUCUUUCUUUCUUUCUUUCUUUCUUUCUUUCUUUCUUUUUUUACAGGUAUGUGGCUCAUGCAUACAACAUUUUUUUGUAUCCCCACUCCUUUGGACCUACAGAUUGCCGAUUCCUUUGUCAGGUACCGAAACAAGUCAGUCAAAGUUAGUUAGUUGGCAGCUUUAUAUUCUCAAUUGAAAUCUAUUCCACCUUUUUGAAUUUUGAUUUUUAACACCGUUAAAUAAUAAUAAAUAAUAAUACUAAUAAUAUUAAAUGCAGUACCUUUUUUCAUUCCAACUUUUACAGGCAUCAAGUCUGGAAUUUUUAUGUCAACACAACUUUGACUUUAAUAAGGUACUAGAAGAUAAAAUUUAAAACUAUUGGACGGUACUAUAUCCUGCCUGAGACCUUUCAUAGCAACCUCUAUUCUUUGAAUUAUUAAUAUGGAUGGUUCCUUAUUUCAUUAUCCAUGUAUUCUUAUGGGAUCUCAGUCUUGGGCCACACCCCAAAAACAAAUCUGAGCAAACUCUUGACUCUCCAGAAAAUAGUUCUGCAUCUAAUUAUUGAUUUUAUAGAUAAGAUAGAGAAUGCUGUCAUAUAUUUUUUAAAAAAGCUGAAUUAUUUGUUGCAUGCUGAUUGGCUAGUUUUUAUGUUCAAUGAGAGGACAGACACAUACAUGUAAGAUUUUAAUUUAUGCAAGAUGCAGUCAUUUGCUGAAUGAAUGCCAAACUUCAAUGUUUUUCUUUAGUUUAGUUUCGCAGAAGAUUCACUUUCGGCCUACUAAAAGAAUAGACAGAUAGCUCUAAUGUAAGACUUGCAUCCUGUUUGGAUUCACUUCAACCAUACGAUGCUUCAACUUGUUCUGUUAUUUGAAUGACUCCAAAAUCUGUCCUGGAAUAAUUAACCUUGUGCUAGUUCACAACUUUAUACUAUCUCCCAAAAUGCCUCCAUUUUUCAAGACAAUAAACAUUGCUGAUCUCAUUCUUGUUCUGAAGUUUGGAAAGCAAUAAACUCCUAACUUAUGCAGGACAGUGACGUGACUCAGCCUGUCAAAUAUUUAGCCAAUGACACUGCGUUACUUGUCUUCAAUAGCCAAUCACCAAGCGAGAAAACUUAUUGACAAUAACAUUGUGAGUAGUUUUAAAAAAGUUAUAAAUUUUGUUGUGUCUUUUUCAUUUUUACCAGCAAAUUGACUUUUUCAAGCUUUUGUCAUUGUAAAAAACAAACUGGCACCAGUCGACACCUGCAGUUCGUGGAUCCACAGCACUAUGACAACGCUAUGGCAUCAUUUUAUCUUCAAGUCAAUAAGAGGACAGACACAUAAAAAACUGGUGUCAAUUUGUUAAAUUCACUUGUGCUGAUAUUCUUCCUGUAAAUAUGCUUUUGCAUAAAUCUACAUCUAUCCUAAUACAUGAUUCACAGUGAAUAUUGAUUGAUUAUUGAAUUGAAUAUAAAUUUUCUAUACAUUUAUAAAAAAAUUAGUAAAUUUUAUUUGCAGUUCAUAUACAAUGGAGUUCCAUAUUUAAAUGAUGAUCAGGUAUGCAUGAAAAAUUCAAUGGAUAUUAGACAUAAUUAUGUGAAUUAUAGGAUGGCCUUUGCCAGAGUAUGAAAUCUACUGCAUGUAAGCUUGUCGCCAUGCCAAAAUACACCAGACCACAAAAAAAACAAACUAGACAAUAAAAUGAAUGCUAGUAGGUACAAGAAAAGUUUUUAUCUAGUCUGAAAGUACAUGUACAUGUUUGGUACAUGUAUGUUCCUUCCUCAUAAUCAAAGGUUGCUUUUCUCUGUGUUCUUUCCAUGUGUUGACAAGGUACAUUGCAACAUUUUCCAUUCUAUCUUCAAAUAAAAAUUAGAUUAUUAACACAUUCACACCUCAACUGCUUAUAUGUACAAGUGUAAUAUUAUGUUAUAAAGAAAAAAAAUGGAGAGAAAAAUGAAAGAUCAGGGAGGAGAGUGAGGCAAAGGUAAAAGAGGAGGUGGCAGUGAAAACGUUUUGUCUAAAAAUUGUCUAAACAUUUCUCCUUUGAUGGGAAAUUCUGUGGAUACCAAAACUGCUAAUGCUGUAAUAUAGCAUCAGGUCUAAAGCCCGUAUAUUUCUCAUCUUGUAUACAAGGAUUUAGGUAGUUUUGCUUUUUGGCCAGCUUGGCUUGACUAGUUUCAGAAAGCUUUCUUCAGCAAAAUGGUUAGAGGUGACUGUGUUAAACAACCAAAGUACCAGGAAAAGUUUGUCACUUGAGUAGACUAAGUUGAUACUGAAUAAGCCAUUAAGUUUUAAAAUUUGUGAUUUUAUUUUAUUCAGGCUACUGUACUCCAAAAAUAUCACACAAAUGGUAAUUUAUAUUCAAGCUUCCGGUCAACUUCUUCAGGGUAAAGUAUAUAAACGUUUUUAACAUUUUUUCGGCUUGUUGCUUGAAUGUUUUUAAGUAGAAACAAUUGUCAGAAAUGUGUGUGAGCUCAUACAUAGCAAUUCGUCGCAAGGGAGUUAAGUUUCCAUGGUAUGUAUUUUUUGGCUUUGUUUUGUCUUUGAUCUUAUUACAGGAUUAAAGAUGAAGAUGUUCUAGACAGUUGCUGUGUCAGGCUGGAAGACUGGCUUUCAACAGCCAUAGAUGGCGAUGUAAUGGAAUUAAACCUUGGCAGCUGUAAGCUUUCACUGCAAGUUUUUACACUGACAGUAGCACUAUCUUACGUACUAUGUACUUUGGCCAUUUGCCCCUUCAGGAGAGUGGGCUAAUGACACUGUUCCACCCCUUGACUUGAACAGGGACGUUUGACAAACGUUCUGUCCAUGGCCUGGGCUUAUGGAGUGACUUGAAGGGUUAGCAUGUCACAUGUUGAUUGACAUAAGAUAAGGUAGUAACUGUUGGUGAAAAUGGUGACUGGUAGACCUGCAUGACUGCUCUGGGCUAGUAAACUUGAGCAGCAGCUUGCCCAACCAGUGAGUUUUAAAAUUUUCAACUUACCCUGUCAAAUCUGGGCAGUCUUCUCUCAAUCACCUCAGGAGCAUCUGCUUCUCUGCAUUUUUGCCUGGGUUUCCCACUUUCCCUACACCAGUUGUUCCUGGACCAAUAUUUUACAAUGAAUGAUUGAUUUCCAGAUCAAGCUCAGUAUCUUUUUAUUGAAGAAGUUAAAAGAAGAUAUACAGAUGUCAAGUGCCAUGUCAAGAAUCAUUUUAAGGUAGUACCAUGCCAGUAGCUACAUUUAACAAACAUUGAUGCUGUAAUUGCUGUCAAAUGAAGUUUUUUUUAGUAGAAUGUGUGUCUAAGACUAUGAUAUUUACUUUAUGAGAUAUACUCUAAGAAUUUUAGGUAUUCCAUUCUUAGGUUAAACUGGUAUUCAUCCUCUAUUAGGGUUAACCUUUUGCUAUGGUUCUAGUCAUCCUAGUUACCUCAAUUGAACAGCUGUUGAAUAGUGGUUUAAUCUGUGAGGUGAUUUAGCUACAACAUACCAUAAAAUGCUAUAUUUUUUGCUCUGUAUUGUCAUGACUACAGCUCUAUAAAUAAAUACCCCUACUCUUCCACAAAAUGUUGUACUCUCAAGCCAACAUUUAAAUAAAAUUACAGCUGCACUUAUCAUUUACAGUUUCUUUUAGUGAUUAAAUCAAUUUUUUUUUAACAUAUAAGGUACUUGUCAAAAAACUUGCAACAGCUGCUGAAGAUAAUCAAGAAAGUAACACUCAUCAUCUUACUCAGGAACAAGAAAAGUAAGAGUUUAAUGUCUUUAGCCUGAGUGAAGGACUCCUGUUUUAAGGGAACAGUAGCCUGUGUACAGACCCCCCUCCCCUCAGGAAAAAUCGGAGAAGGGGCCCCUCUCCAAUUUUUCCUGAGGGGAAGGGAGGGGGAGAGGGCUGUACACAGGCUAAGGGAACAGAAAAGCCCAUCAGAAAAUUGUAGUUACUGGUAAAAAUCCUUGAAGGAGGCCAAUCUUGGUUCUGCAUUUUCAUCAUCAUUGUCAUUAUCAUUAUUAUUUUUUAAAGGUCAAUUUCAAAGUAUUAAAAUUCAUGUAGUGAUUCAGUUUUAUCCUUGGUUUGAAUUUUUUUCCCAUUGUCUCAGACUCAUUAUCAUACAUUAUCAUAGCCAAAAACAAAGGAAAAUAAAAUUUGAACCAAGGAUAAAAUUGAACCACAACAUUCAUACUAGGUUACAAGGCAAGUUUUCUUCAAUCUAAUUACAUGGAUGAACAACAUUGUACACUGCCAAUAAACUGAAUGUCAGGCAUAAGCAGAUUACUUGUUUCAGCUUAUGUAUCUUUCUGCUGAUUUCAUUGAAUGAUCCCAGGGGAGGGAGUGCAUGCUACAAACCAAAUUCUUAAUUCUUUUAGAGGCAAAAGUUCCUUGCAGAAACCAGUUGAGGUCUAUUUACAUAGUGAGGGAAAACAAUUUUACUGAGUACCAUUUGUUUAUUACUAACCAAUUAUUAUUAUAAGAACACUGCUCUCAGUUGGGCAGCCAGCUCAGUUGGUUUGGUCAGGGUUCAAUCGUGGCAAGCCUGAUUUUUUUCAAGCUUUCUUGUCCCAUCUUUAACUGCGAUGAUCUUUGAAUUUAUUUCUUAAUUCAGUGAGUAAUAUAUUCAUCAUUUCGUACUAAUCAUUAUUACACAGUAUAAGAAUUCCAGAAGAAAUUUUUGUUGACAUCCUUAUUCAAAAUCUACCAUUUCUUCAUUCUUUAGAAUGAUAAGUGCUAUGAUUGGUUUUUCAAGAGUUUUCCAAGUCUUAGCGUCAUGCAAAAAGGUACUUGUAUACAUAGCCAAGAAAGUUGUAUCAAGGAUAUUGUCAUAAUACUUCUAGAGCACUGUUUACAAAAAGAGAUCAACAGUGCUUUACCAUCAAUGUUUCUAUUAUCUAUGAAAUAUAAAACAGUAAAAUUUACUGUUUUAUAUUUCAUAGAUAAUAGAAACAUCAGUAUUACUAUUUAAUAGUAAUACUGAUGAGAAUUAAACUCUUAAUAUGUAAAAACUCUUAACAAGAUAUAUACUAAUACUAAAAUCUCUUAGUGAUAUUUAAAAAAUCAAAAUAGAUUUGUAAAAUUCACUACUCAAAAAAUUGCUUUAAAAGAAAUGUCUUAAUUUACUUCUUAAAACUUUCAAGAGAUUCGAUAGUGCUAGUGGAGCUCAAUAGACUUCGUAAAAUGAAAUUCAUUUAUUUGCUCAGUUUGUUUGCGCCAAGUGUUUUCAAAAAGGCCAAAACUUAACUCAUCAAUAGGUUAAUAUUGACUAGAGUAAUUUUCAUAAUUCACUAGCCUCUUGUAGGGCACAAUGUACUGACAGAUCUGAUGAUGACGUAUGAGAGGUUUUACAAGCCAUUACCAGGUCAGUAACUAUAGAAGACAAGAGAGAAUGAUCUAAGAGAUCGAAUCCCCAUACAUGACCCUCUUCCCAUGGAAAUUGUUUGAAAUCUAUUCUUGGUUCUGUGUCAUACUGCGUAGUUAUUUUAAGAACUCCACCUUACUGGUCGGUUAGAAUGGCGUAUUGUAAUUUUAAACUUGGAGGGUAACUCAUUUUACUGCCGAUCACGCACAGCAAGCGAUAUGACGUGCGAACUUGGUACUUCUUUCGUCAACGAGUGAAAAGAUUUCUACGCAGAAAAAUCUUGCCAGGGUAGCCGCCGACAAGCAAAACAGUCCUGGCGUGCGAGAGUCGCCGGAAAAAGCGGUUCUGUCUUGUAGAAGAUUUCUGUUGAAGGGUAUGCACGGGAUUCGGGAAAACGCAAAAUUUCUUAACGGGAUACGGGAUUUGACCGCGACUCGGCAAGCGGGAUUCGCCAAAAUCUUGGCACAGGGUGUGGCGCUGGGAAAGAAAACGGUAUGAUGACAGAAGGUCGGGAUGCGGAGCGGGACUGCGGGAUCACUAUCAAACCUACCUUGGUGCUGGGAGACUGGGGAGAGAAAUGAAGGGAACGCCCUCUUUUCUUCUCCUCAGGUUCCUGGCUGUUUUUCUGUGUUUUUUUUUCGAUACCUCGAGAAUCUAAGGGCCUUGAACAGUCGUCACAUUGACGUACACAAUGAGACGAUUCUUGGCCAACCUCCUUUUGUUUCUUGAAUUUUGUUUUUCAGUGUAAAUUCAUGCAUGUCUGUUGUUGCUUUACAGAAAGUUUACAAGACUUCAAAUCGGAGGUUCACAAACUGUUUCCGCUGAUUUACGAUACAAAAUUUCUCGCCUUCGAGAUACGAAAAAAUCCAGUAAGUAAGUUAGCUGAAGAACAGUAUAUUGUCUGAGAGUAUUGACAAGUGCGGGAAAGGGGACAAAAACCCCAAAGGAUAGAAGAGAGUGGGGGACUCCCCCUGCUUUCAAGCUUGCCACAAAGGCUACUUCCUGAUGUAACGAGUAAAAGUUCUAAACGCGCUGACAUCAGAAAAAGGUUUUAGCAGAUGUUGUAGUUGUAGGCCUAGUCCAAACGUCGAACUUUUCAUUAGACGAACCAAACUCUAAUUUGCGUCGACCUAAAUUAAGUUAAGAUCGUCUGUUGGGUCAGACGUCGAACUUAGGACGCGUCGAACCAAUCAACUGAAUCAGACCAAAAAGCAAUGUUAAUAAAUUUCUCCCUAACGAGGCUAUAUAUACAUAAUCAUAAAAAUUUCUAAUUUAUUAGUUUAGUUCAUCGCAUAGUGAAGAAGACGUUUGUCCCGAAGACAAUUUUCAGACGUUCUAUCCGUCUGUAUCUAAACUAGCCCGUGAUGGCUAGUUCAUACGAGUGACGCAAGUGAAAACUUAAGAACAAGAGAAUGCUGGUGUGAACCACUGUACCAACCCCAAAUCGUUUGUGCAUGUUUUCCCGCAGGCUGUAUCCGAACGUAAUUUUCUUGAUGAUACAAACUUAGAAAAACUCCACGCUGCCCUUUCGAGGUAAGAUUUGUACAAAAAUGUUUUCCCCUUAGCUUUAGAUCCAGCGCACUUUUUAUGUCUCGAAACUCUACCUUUGCAUCCCAGGCCCCCGAGCUUUGCAUGUGUGAAUUUCCAAUGAAAUUCUGCAAAUAUCGCUUUUAUUCAAAAUUACAUUUAUAAUAACAACAGGGCUUUGCGUAUAGCGUAAACAGGACUGUGUCAAGUUGGUCGCUUAACUCGUUCAAUCGUACAUGUCAGACAUUUCUCCAUAUAGUUCGUAUGCUACUUAAAGGAGACUUCAUUUAAAAACCAAAACGUUGGUGACAUAUUUUAUCAGCAUUGUUAUAAAAACGCUCGAACAGGUUGUAUUUUAAACCCGAUAGUCUUGGAAUGGAAAUAACUCCAGCUGUGCGCUAGUGGGGAGGAGGUACUCCCUAUAGUGGCCUAUACAGGGGGAAUCCCCCCAAUAGCGGUACCUAUUUCAGGCCUCACGUAUAUGACUGGGUAAGGAUUUCGUUAGUUGAACUAUGGGAAAGGGUUUGGAAAUCGGUCAUUUCGCUCCGUAGAAGGACCUAAAAAGGCUACCAGGCGCAUUUUAUGACUGUGAAAAAGUCGAGAAAACUGCGUGGUUUAGUAGUGUAUUCAUAGAAAUCAGUGCAUUUACAGCGGUUAAAAGGGAUGUUGUGUUCUAAACUAGGCAUGUGGAAGGGGCACCAUUUAUCAAUAGAAGGUAUACGAAGUGGGUAUCUUUUCUGUGAAAAAUGCUUUAUAAAAGGGGUUGGAACUCUCAGCGGAGUCUUUCCGUUAAAACUUUGUUGAUCUCAUUAGCCAGCCGCCUUUUGGCUGGAUUAUUACCUUGUAUAUUUGUAAUUCUUCUUUUGUUUUUUGUUUUCUUUUUUUUACAGCAAAGAUGCACAGUACUUUGCACUUUAUACGCCCUCAAUAUCACUUUCAGAAAAAUGUUACAGAUAUCGUAAGUAUACUGGUCACAUCCGUCCGAACUGAACCGAUGGCGUAUGCCGCUGAUUACUAUACCUAAGAUUUUAAUUUGUUAUGUGGCUGUAGGAGCUAGGUAGCGAAUUCAGCUAUCUCGUCUCGCUCCUUGUCCCUCAAGAGACAUUUCGUCGUUUCUCCCCCAGGCAUCCCCAGGAUCCCUAGUGGCGAGGAGCGAGGACAGACUGCUGUAUUCGCAAGCCACUGUAGGAGCUUAUGCAAAAUGGUUUUCGACUUUCUCCUUGCGUUUUAGUUGAAGAGAAAAUGCCUCAUGAAGCCGGCUACGAUUCAUUCCUGUCCGGUUUUGGUGAGUACCAAUAGUUACAAAACUCUACUUUAUUCCGUAGAAGGUAAAUACAAAUAUUCUUUCAACCGCAAGAAGAGAACUAAGGCUAUGAUCUUCACACUAUAACGGAUAGCUUUUCGUGCCGACUCCAAAAGCUAUCCGAUUUAGAGUGAACACCUAUCCGAUAUGUCGACUCGUAGAGAUCGGCGCCGCGCAGCUUCCCUCCGUUCAGUCCCUUACAGAAAUCGCGCCGAAAUCACCAUUCUUAUGUGUGAACAGAAACCCUAUUUGGUAUGGUUUUCGCGCCGGCGCAAAAGCUAUUCAGUAUAACUUAAGAUCGUAAACAAGAUCCUAAACAUAGAGAUACAUCAUAUUAGUGAUUUGAGGGCUCUUGAGACGGUCAUACGUUCUUUACGAUCUCGGUUUAAGAUUCGUAUGAAAAUUAAAUUUAAAGAAAAGUUUGGAAUUCGAAGGUUAAUAAAUUACUAAAAAAUAGUAUUUUUUUGUAAUUUAUUAUUUUGUAAGAUACAGUGCACAGCAGUGGCGGAUCCAGGAAUAAGGUCCGGGGGUUCCCAACCUUCCCUCCUGUCCCUUUCAUAACUGAUAAACCCGUCAGAUCAGAGCUGUUGUUGUUGUUUGUUUGUUUGUUUGUUUGUUUUUUGUUUAAGAACUAUAUCCUUUAAAGCAGAAAUUGUCACCACCUAAGGAUCCCACAUAUAUUGUGUAGCGACGAGCGAAGUCGGAAAUGACCGGCUGUAUAAUAGUUGUUACACAGAGGAAAAGUUUGGACUCCUUCAAUGUAAUACCUUGGGCCCGGUGCAUCAUUAAAAUUAUGGUAGUACUUUUCCUGACAUUCGAGUCAUGGUAAAACUCUAUCCAGUGAACAUUCAAAAGAAAGACUUUGAAAACAUAUCGGUCCAGUUUUAAUACAACAUGUCAUCUCAGACCUCUUUGUCUAGGAGUACGGAUGGUAGGUUACGUAUUAAUAAUCUUAAUGCAAGAAAUGCGCACGUUUGUUUGAAAAUUACUACUAUCCGCUAUAGAUUAAGCUUGUAUCAGUUGUAUCAAAUGACUAUUUUACAUGACUUUCUUUAAUUUUAUUUUCAACAGUUUUUUUGAGGAUGGCACAUAUUCUGGCUUAUAAAUCAUCAAGGUAAUCCCUGAUAUCAACAAAAAACUAAAAACCUGUUUAGUGAACUGUGAUAUAUAGCGAAAUUGCAUCUCCAUUGGUACUUUAAGUAACUACUUUUAAUACAUGUAAGUCCAACGGUCUGUCCAACGUAAAACCCGCGCUACCCUGCGAGCAAUUUUUUCAGAAACCACUGCUUAGAGGGUCAACCCCAAGCUGUCGCUAAAUAACAAAAAUACAGUUAGAGCCAAAGUGGCUACAUCGUGCAGCAAGAACAGUCCCAGAGAGCAAUUCGGCUCAACAACGAGCAAGUCGAUCUCACGUGCAAACUCAAACUUAAACUCAAACUGGCCCAUAGGAGAAGGAAACUGGGCCGAGUUAAGGUGACUCGACCCAGUUUUUUGGGGGGGUACCAUCCUACUUUGAAGCUCUCUGGUAUCCCCAUCUUUACUUUUAUCGUAAGUCUAACACAUAGAAUGGAUAACAUAUAAAAAUCUUCAAAAUAAAGGGAUGAAUCUCAUAGUUUAUUAGAUAUAAUCCGUGUAAAGUUUGCUUAUCAUUUUCGCAUAAAUUAUGACCUAAAUUUGGAAACCGCUGAAUUUCUCGAAUUAGGUCUUUGCGAUUUUGGUGAAACUCUAUUCAGCGCAAGGCACUAAUGCGCACUAUGUGUAGCCGAGAGAUUUUCACGAAAAAAUGCCAGCAACAGCAGAUUUUCGUCUCAGACCUCAAAGGGGCGUGGCAUUAUAACCAAGUGACAUUUACUCCGAUCGCCAAAAAUUUUAUGUUGUAUUGUAGAUUGAUCUAUAUGUUAUCCAUUCUAUGUGUUAGACUUACGAUAAAAGUAAAGAUGGGGAUACCAGAGAGCUUCAGAGUAGGAUGGUACCCCCCAAAAAACUGGGUCGAGUCACCGUAAAUUUCGCAGAGACUUCUGGAACUGUUACUAGGGACAUUGGGGGAAAAUAAGCCAAUAGCUGACCGGCGCAUCCCCAGUAACGAUCCCAGAAAUACCUGCGGGAUGCAUUUUGGCUCCAGUUCCCUUCUCGUUUCUAAAGUGGCGAAUGAAUUUGGCGCAUAUAUAGCCUGCGUAGCAAGCGUUUCCGUUCGAUUUUGGACCAAACGAGACCGGCAAAAACCGAAAAUCCCGUUCCUCUGUCUUUCUUUGCUCCGAAACCAAACAGAAACACUUGCUACGCAGACUAGAGCAUACACAAAUAAAUGGAUGGGAGAAACUUUUUUUGGUUGGUUAUUUGGGUGAGUGGGUGGGUGGUUAUAUGCAUGACUUUGUGUGCGUAUAAAUAGGUACCGCAUUCGACCAUCACGCUCGAUGAGAACAGCUUCCGAGUGGAACUUUACCACUGUCACCUAAAUUGAUUUUUAUGUCUUUAUGCCACAGGUCUCCAACUGGACCUCUCCCUUUUUCAAAAUUUCUUCGCGUGUUAAAGCCGUGUGAAAAUCUCGUUCAUCUUAGCAGGGCAACGGUUCAGCAUGUGGUAUGUUUCUAAAAAAUAUAGAAAUUAUAGUUUCAAUGCUGGCAUUGAAAUCUUGUUUUUUUUGUACAAAUACGAAUUGCUUUAUUCUACACAGAAUCUGAUUGGCCCAGAACCUCCCUCCAUUCGUCCGCAAUGGCUUUACAUCACUUCUAAGACAACAACAAGACCACUUGUUGCGAGAACGGUAAGUUGUCCUUUCACUAAACAAAAUCCUUUCUAAUUUCGUCCUUAUUUAUUUGAUAAAGCAGGUUACAUAUACAAGGCAGCUUGGAAACUGUCGCAAACCUGCCUUAGCAGUACACUUAUAGACGCACAGGUGCUUUGAACAUACCACCGGAGUCGGUCUACGUUCCCCUACUCUUUACUAACAGUAGUAUGGGUUUGUUUACAUCCCACAAGAGUCAGGAGUGCCGUGAGACGGGGCCUACAGGUUUUCGUUCUUAUCCGAAGAGAUUAAAAUUUCUAACCAUUUGUAGAUGUUAGAGCAAAGGCAGCACAUUCUCCUCAGUUAGUUAAGACCCCUUAGUGUCAGUCCGGCUCUGGGUCGAGUUGUUCGACGGGAAUCUAACACCCGGGUUUCUUUUUUCUUGUGUUCAAAAGCCUGUUAUUUUUAGAGCUUCCCACUUGUAGACAAUAAAAUUAAAACUGAAAUGCUUUUUAAAACCAAAUUCAAAUUGAGCUAAUCUUAACCCAGUUGGUGGUAUAUAUAGUCGAGGCAAACUGGCAAGAACGCGUCGACAAUUCCAAUCUACUCCACCCCCUGGUGCUCCACUUUGGCACGUGCGUUAGUCCGGGGUUCAUCAAAUAAAAUACGAGUAAAUAGAUGGCGGUGAACACUGAGUUAUAACUUACAUAACAGGCGUACGAGAAAUUUAGCGCGCAAAUGAGAAGGGCGAUGCUGACUGCGAGAGAAGAGGAGACGUGCGAGGAGAGAGAAACUUCUCUGUUCGAGCGCAUCGCUAAUUUCAGCUCAUUAGUCUCUCUCGCGCGCGUGCAUCACUUAUCACGCACCCUUCACUUCUGAUGCGCCUGCUACACAGGCUAGUGAAUACUCAAUGAAUAAACAAGUAAGCCUGUUACUGAAGUUAGUCUGGCUGAGAUUGGUUCCUCAAAGUAAAGGGCUCAGUGAAAUAUUCAUGACAAUGACCAAAUACUUUUUUUUGAAUUCUGUCUUGUAGUUGGCACAAGAGUUCGCGGGUUUUGGUUCCGUGGACGUAAAAAUUUUGGACUCGCAGCACGCGCUGGUCGCUCUUGCUCAACACAGAAGGUGAUCGCAAAUGUUUAUAGACCUUAAUUUUGAUAGCCACCUUCAGAUCAUGAACGUGUAGGAGCUUUUUGGGAUGCAAUGGACGUACAGAUUAGUGAUUCUUUAACGCCUACGAAGUGGAUAUGAAAAAGUCGUACUCUGUUGGCCCCUGGUCGUAAAAUUUUUUCUCAGGUGUUUUGCGCGUGCGCUUAUAUCCUCGCCAAUUCUUUCUCCUUUUCGUUGCCGCUUGCUAAGCAGUUUAGGUUAUUGCUAUUUAGUUUGAAAACAACUGUGAUAAGUAUUUAACCAUUUUCCUGUCGUUUCGUAGGGCCAAAGAUGUUUUAAGUAAAUUUAGAUGCCACAAAACGCUCAGUGUGCGGGCGUACAACGCUUGGCUGGAUUCUCCCGAGAUAAAAAUAGCGCUUUGGUGAGUGCGUAGCUCUGCGACUUGCCAGUUUUAAAGAGACUUAUAGGGUGUGUUCCUUUCGGUGAAUCCAAAAACGGAUUUUAGAUCUAAGAACGGAUUUCGCGUUCCUUUCGGCAAAUCCAAAUACAGAUUUUUGAUCUGGUGAAUCCUUUUUGAAAAAGGAUUCAUUGGAUUUGAAAUCCGAAGAAUCCAAAUCCAGAUUAACGGAUUAGUGAUCUACCCUGUUCCAUUCACAGUGGAUCCGAAAUUAGUCAGAUGAUCCAGCGGUAUUUCCAGUUGAAGUAUUCCCAUAGAGGCCGUAGAGUUUCCUCGUUGCUGCCAUUUGCCGCAAAACAUCUGAAAACACUAGAAGGUUGUUCCUGGUACAUUAAAAUAUCCAUAUACUAACCAUUUGUCUCUAAAGAUUGCUUGAAAUCAGAAAUAAGUAUAACUAACAAAUGAACUGUUAUCUAACUACAAACUCGCUUGUAGACGCGACAGGCACUCGAUCGUGUUACAUAAAAAAAAUCCAAGCUAUGAAACUGGAUCAAACUGGCCGACAUUCUUUAGAUAAUUUUCAAUUUUAAUGCGCUUCUUUCUUUGUCUGUUUUAUAUGUUCCAUCGUCGCUAUUCGAACUGCCGACCACUAAAUUCUGCACGGUAUAAUCGCAUAAUUUGUCAAACAGUAGAAAACACGUCAUUUCUUGAGAGGCUGUCGUGCAUAUUGCACGCGUUGGCGAAAGGUUACCAAGGUUACAAAUCCAAUUUCGGAUUUCACGUUCCUUUCGACCGCGAAAUCUGGCAAAUCUAGGAUCAAAAAUCCGUUUUUGGAUUCGCCGAAAGGAACACACCCAUAGUUUAUAUGUCUGGCUGGCUUUCAAAAAAGACUCUCCGCGGCGAAAACAGCCGUGCCCCAAUACUUGAUAGUUGUUCACUUGUCAAUCAAGAUAAAUCCUUUUGAUUAGUUAGAGUUAUUGUUUUCCUGCGGCCUGGAAACUGCACGCAUAAUAAUUUACAAUGCACCAACCUAUAAAAAAAGCUCACAUUGAGUUUCAUCUUAAAUAUAGUUAUACACCAAUGUGUACGAUGAUUUUGUGGACGUGAUGGCAAAAAAUUCGUUUGUAAUGAACGCAAAACAGUCUGAAUCGGAACGUGAGGCGAAUAACAUUUUACGAUAUUUUUAAACCUUCAGCUGCUAUCUUCAAAUGCCAUUAUUCCGGCAAACUUGCCUGAUUUGUAUUUUUAAUAUGAUUGAACACUUUUGUUUUUGCGUAAUUUACUAUGUAUAUUGAGGAAGCCGCCGACUCAUUUUCUUCUUCCCUGCAGGUGCGGCGGAACAGCUCUUUUCGUCUCAGGUGUUGCAAUAUUUUUAUGGAAAUACUCCAGAUAACAAACCAUGUUCAUCAGUCUGAAACUUUCAAGAAUAAACAUUCUUUUUUCUUUUAUAUUGUUCCGCAAAUUUAAUUUUUCGUAAAAUAUUAAAUAAUGUUUGUCAGGAUAAGCGUGCGUGUGGCUAGCUAUUAACUUUUUGAAGUCCCCGCAUGAAAUAUUUUAAAGCGCGAAUAUAAGGUAUGAAAGAGAACUCUUCUGAUGUACUGAAGUAGGUAGCAAUAAGGCGAGUGACGACGUCGCAAAUGCGAGCGAGGAAGUGUCCCCUAACAUUUUGUAAAUCGUGUUGUACCAGUCACGGACCUUUAAAAAAGCCUAAAUGAAAACUUUUUGUAUUUUGCAAACUUUGCUCUGUUAGUUCUGUUACGCUGCGCAAGUGAUUCCCAGCUCGGAGUUUGCAAAUAUGCAAUGUUGUUCUGUGAUAUAUGUGCGCUCCCGUUUAUUUUUUAGUAUUUUACCAAAAUUGUUUUUAUUUUUGAACCUAAUGCAAGGGCAGUAUGGCAAAAUAAGCUGAUCCCUUUUGCGGAAAAAGGGAGGACGGACAGAGGGCGGCGACGAAUAUAUCAAGAAUCAAAUCGGACUGGAGGAUUGUAUUUAGCUCACUGGUGGAUUGUUGUCGUAAGAUCGUAAAUUUGGUCGAUUACAGGGAGUGCACUGUCCAGAAAAUGUAUACUUUACAAAAUCCCUUUUUACCGAGAUUUUUUAUAAAAUAGAUAAAUAAGUAAGUAAAUAAAUAAAAUCUCCCGUAACUUUCGUUAUCAUAUGCAUCGACAAUGUUUUUUUCCGAACACAAAUUACUUGUUUGUUUGUGUCGGUGAAUAUUUAUAAUUAUCACAAUCGUGCAUGGGCACUGUAGAUAAAGCAGUUGAGUGAUAAUUUAAGAUAAUCAUAAUCUUUACGAUAAUCUAUUGAACCUAUGUAUUUGAAACAAUGAUAAAAAACCUUAAGAAAUCAAGCUUGUUCAGGAUAUUUUUGUUCGGUAGGUGCAUACAGGCACCUUAAAUUUUAGGCUUGAACAUUUUUUUUUCUAUUUUUAUGUUGCGCUUAUUUUGAAGGCCAUAAACAUCACCAUUUUUUAAAUUUGUUUUGUUUUGUUCUUUUUUUUUGUUUUUGUUUUUUUUGCAGUUUUAAAUCAUAACAUUGAAGAAAUUUAGGCUUGAAUGGGGUUUCCUUCAGUCUUUCUUAAACUGCAUCUUCGCAAAGGUCGUACACGUUAGGUUUUUUUUCGAAUUUGUUAUUUUGCCAAUUCGGGACUUGGCUAGACGUUAAUUGAAGCAAGAACACUUUAUUCUACGAGUCCUUUUCACUUCCUGAACUCUUAAAUUAUCACCCCUUUGCUUAAGUGAACAAUCUAUUUGUCGUGUUCUUGCAAUAUGUUGCUUUAAAGUGUGCAUUAGCAGCUAAGAAUUAGGAAAUUGCAGUAGUUUUGUACCAACAAUACUGUGACAAGCCAUGUUGAUUGUUUCCUUUUAAAUUCAGCAAAAGUAAUUUCCAUAUUAUUGUUUUCCGGUACUUAGCUAAACCAAUCAGAUGAUUCUUGCGCCAACUUAUCGAAGAGAAGAAUCAAUAAUGUAAUACCUUAACGAGGGUCCAAGCGGCUUAUUAACAUAAAAUAUGUCAGUUUGUGUUUCUAAGACUAAAAAUAAUGGAGGCCCUCGCUGAAGGCCUCGACGACGAUAGCGACUCAGCUGAAAAUCGCUUGCUAAAAAGCGGGGACUCUCCUUGCGUUUGUAGCAAGACCUGGGAGAAGGAUUUAAUCUGUGGAUGGACGCCCUCCCUGGCGAAAAAAAUCUCGCGUUCGAAGCCAACGAAAACACACGCGUCGUUUAGCAACGUAAGGAAGGAGAGAAAAUGCUCCAUAACCGAAUGUGGAUUUGUGUUUCGACAUUAUGAGAGGACAGGACGCUACAUCGAACAGUAUCGAGAAAAUCAUAGCAGCGCGUUUUUGGAAACGGAGGCCGAGUGGAGGCCAGUGAUGGGUGUCGAUGUUCCGGACCCUUACUUGCCCAAGAUCGCCAGCUCCAGGUGAGUCAGUACUAUUAACAUCGUAUUUUGAUUGUUUUGCGUGGUUUUUAAACCAGUUUAAGCUGCUCUGCUUGGGGAGAAUAUUUGUUUAAAAAUAGGAUAUCAUAUAAGGCCCAAUUUGUUGAGAAAUUGUGGAGGUAAUACUGCUUAAAGAGACCAAUUUAUUUUGAAGAAACUCCCUUAAUCGGAAGUGUUUGGUCUCCGAUGGGCAAUCCAAAUAAAGAUUCAAGUCAAGCUGGUUUGAUCGAUGUCACGUUUAUUUGAAUUUUCCACAAAAUACUCCUUAAAUCGAAGAUUGCAGAAACUAGAAAGUAGGCCGAGCGCUUCGAACGAUAGUAAUGCCUUUAAUCAAAGAAUAACAUAGUACUUUGCGAAAAAUUACAGACUGUUUUCGUUUGUUUUAUUAGAAAUUAUAGUUGUCAAAUUAAUGAUAUAGCCAUUUGACAUAAUGUCAUGUUUACUCUACAUACACGGAUGUAUUGGCGAGGAAGACGUUGCCCGAGGGUUUCGACUGAAAAGUCAGACAAAGCAAAAUAUUUGGGGCAUAAUUUCAAUAACAUUGUUGCAAUCGUUCGUUUCUUAACCGCAGUUGUCGGUAUUGCCUGAUAUUGCGUGUUGAAUUUUUCGGGAUGAACAGUUUUCCGUUGUACUGGUAAACACUCGCGUGAACGCAAGAUUUGCCAUUAAGAUCGGAGUGUUGAGUGCUUCAGCCAAAUGGUUUGACGCAUUUCUCAGUGAUCGACGAUGUGAGAUGCAUCGUAUAAAUUUGAAGAUAGCACGGUUUUUCUGUCGAAUUCUUGCGCAAUAUUGGUUGGCCUUUUCAAACGAGCACGCGUUACAAUGAAAUCAGUGUGUUUGUUAUGCCAUUCUACCAAAACCUGUGUGAAUGUUUUUCUUUUCCUCUUUUUAAAAAAGGACGUCUCAUCGAUUUCUCGGUCUUGGCUUGACAAAUUAAAUACGAACUUCAUGCCACUAUUCCCUGCUCUCACGAGGAGGCAAAAAUGAGAGUAAGGAGACAGACUCUCUCUGGCUCCUGUCUCUCAUUUUUGCCUAGUCGUGAGAGACCUCUGCUAGCAGCGAAAUGCCACUAUUACGUUAAAAAGUAGAAAUAAGGUUAGUUGUUAGCUAAUUAAGGGAAAAAAUCCCAUUUCUUCUGUUCGUUCGCAUAUAUGUAAAUGUAGGAAAACUCCUAGCCAAGGAAAUCGCGUCAAUACUUCAGAUCAGGUACUUAGAUCAGUUCCGCAGAAAACUUAUACAUUAUCAGCGAGUAUACAGACACGAGUAUAAACUAAACUCUCUUCGUGUUUUUUAACGCCGAACGCGUAGUAGAAACGAGAAAUACUAUUUGAAAUAGCUGGCUAACUGACAUCUACUUUGCCAGCUUUUGCCGUAAAAGGAGGAACGAUUGUAUAACAUCUUUCCAACAACAGUUCCGUGCAGGUAAUUAGAUGUAUUUUUUAUCACCAUACUCACUUUCUGUUUUUGGCUUCUGGUGAGCUAAAUUUCAAGUUUUAAUUACCUAGUUUUCGAGACGUCUCCGUAGACUUAAUUUGAUUUUGUUCAGUAAUGACGAGUUAGUUUACUUAAGCCAUUUUUAAACGUGUUUUUCUCAGUUAACGUUUGUCAGCAAUACGCCUACAGUCACGGUAUGAAUUCAUAUGCUCAAGUGGCUUAAAAAGAUUUUUGUAACUCGUCAAGAUCUAAAUCGCAGUAACCGUGAUUCCUGGAGAAAUUUUUGCAGUCUUUUGGGAUCAACGGCAUCUGAGCUCGGUCUGAUUUCAACAGCAGCCCUGUUGAAAAUCAAAACAGUGUACACAGUUGCACUCUUCCCAGUGCUCGGUUUAUUUCAUCUCCUGGUUGUCCCUUGGAACGCCUAUUUACUGGGCUGUUUAAAACCUACAUUUCCUGGCUUUCCUAUCACACUUUAAUGGGUCCCGUUUUCAUAUGCCUGCUAGAACAAGCCUCCCCUAGCCGAUAAAUCAGCCUAAGACAAAUUUUUAUGGUCGACAACAAUACGCUGAAUUCUUUCCGGGUAGAAAAGAGAGACGAAUAAGACAGACGCCCUAAACAGAGAUCUUGCCAUAUAAAAUUUACCUGGCACAUCUUUCUGUACGUUUCUUCAAACACAUCUGUUUGAUUUCAGGGAUCGAAAGUAAGCCAGUAUUUGCUACUGGCUUAUACUAUUGACUUAAAUUGUUCUCUUUGCUUUCCUGCUUAGCCAAACCUUUGACCGAGUGAAGUUUAUCGAGGCCAUGUCAGAUUACUACAAAGUUGCUGCUAUGAGAAGGCAAGUACAUUCCUAUUAGUAUAACUAUCAUGGGAGAGUCGCCCGGCAGAGGCGUGGCUAAAAAUUUCCUAGAGGUAUGCACAGUCUCCAAAUCAACCCUACUCCUUCUCUCAAAUACUUUUAACACAGGUGGCUUGAUAAAAUUUCUGCUUUUUAUCAGUGAAGUAACCAUUUUAAAACCCGUGUUCUUGAGGCAAUUACCAAUAAAUACAGCUUGCGCGCCUGGCGAAAUCGGGAAAACACAGCAUUUUGUUUUGAAAAAAAGCCAUCUGAAAAACGGUAAACGGACAGUUACUUAGGCAAUUGCACCAGUUAUGUCAGUGAUAUUCGACAUUUUUCACGCACGCAUAUGCGCAGUAACAUAAGGGUAGCUACGCCCCUAGCCCCAACUAGAUCCUUGUUUGUGUUUGAUGCAGCAUCAGAAGUAUCUCCCUCGCGCGCCCCGUUCUUUCUUGUGCUCAUUACUUUGAAGCGCCUCCUACGUAGUUUGCGUCAGAAGAAACCUUUUCCACAGGUCAUCAAGCCUGAAAAACAGACUUUAUUUCCUCCAAUAAUGUUUUAAGUGUAGGCCAUUGGUCGCCGUUGUAAGUUUACCCUACUUUAAACGAAAAUGCCAUGAACCUCUUUCUCGCAGUUUUUCCAAAAAGCUUUUUGGUUGCGCGCGCUAAGCUACCGUCGACCUGAAACUAUUUUGGGAUAAAAAAAGGAUGACCCAUUAUUUUUUUAUAUUCAACUGAUGUAAGAUUUGAAUUUCUAAUUUUCUGCCUUAUAUUCUGCAGUGACCUUCAGAACAUCUGUCUCACGGGUAAAAGAACAGAGAGCGGUGACCGCAAAACGAUCUCGAUGAAUAACGGCGCAAAACUGAGCAAAGAAGGAUUACCGUUUAUUGUUACAUCUUCUAGCGGCAAGAAAGUUUCACAGAAACCUGAAUGUAAAAAACAGUCAAUUACAGUAGAGGAAGAAAGAACUGAUGUUAGGAACUAUCGCGAAGAUCUUAUUCGGACCGCGCCGGCGGAGCUAACGGAAGACAGUGUUUUGCCAUCUGUACCGUCUAAACCGGAUUUACCGCAUCAUGAACAGGAUGAACCGGUUUUUUUCAACUCAGGUGGUUUUCAAUCCAAGGGUGAAACUAAGCGGAUUGAAAAAGAAAGAAUUCGUCUUCCGAAAUUUCAAUGGACAGAAUGCCAUGUUAAAAAGGUACCUAGGGGGACGAACAUCGCGACUGCAAAGGUGCCGGAAAAAAACCAGCGUAAUCCGGUUGUAGAAAACUUUCACAGCAGUGACAGCGAUGAGAGCUUUAAUCGGCCACUGGUCUCACGAGGAAAUCUCCAUUUGGGAAGCACAGUUCAGUCUCCCAAAUUAAAAUCGAAACCCGCUCGUGUAGCUGUCGGUAAAUGCGAAGUAUUUAGCUCGGAACCCCCAAGCACCGCCGAGCGCGCACGGAAAUCAUAUCAGGGAGGAAUAAAGCUUCCCAGUGAAACAGCAUUUAUUCAAAUUCUCGGACAACAAACGGGACCACCACCCAAAGCUGCAAAUCAAAACAGAUCCAAAGAGAUAAAUAGAAGGAGACCAAGAACGGAGGAGAAAACCUUUGUCAAUCAAAACAUGCCUCUACAAUAUCUGACUCGCUUUGGUAGAAGGAGCUUUCAUCAUGUGUUAGAGGCUCGUUCCUUCAAGCCUGGUUAGAAGAAACUGGGAGCUACUACUCUAGCAGACUUUCAUAGUUAGGGAAAUUCCCUCACCCUUGGUCUUCUCUGCUUACUCCUUCCCCACGCCUCAUCCCUCGUUCCUAGUUAGCCUCGAUUUCAAGGUCUAAGGAAACUGAAAAGAGCUAACUUGAGAGCGAGGCUGUUCCCCGCCUGACGGUCAAGCUAAGCAACUUCCCUAAGUAAGCUCAUAAAGGACUCCUUCACAUCAUACUCAAUCAGAACAAGUUUACUGCAAAUAUAAUGAUAGCCUACGUUGUUGCUUAUUCUUGAUUUAUCUGUUAUCGUAUAUAUUUUUCAUUAUGCCGAGGCAAGCAUAACGCAGGGACAAGCGCAAACACGAGAGUCUUGUGUCAAGACAGUAAAAACCAACAUAGAUACAGAAUGGUUCCGUUUUCUGUAAAAGCACUGGAAAAAAUUCAUAGGGUAACUGGCGAGUGAUGCGAUAAACACACUUACUGGCAAAUAAAUACUUUCGUGUGCAUCACAACAGACGUUUUAAGAAAUUAACCUGAAACGUAAGGCCCUCAUUAGAGAACUAUAGUAAAAUCAUUGCUAUAUGAUAUGUAAUAUAUAGGCCAUUGGGUUGUCAAGUUCUGUACCAUAAAAUUUACGAUACGAUCGUUCAUUGACGAUAAUCUUUUUGAUAAUCAACACGAUUGAAAGCUAUGUGUAUUAUCUAUCAAUCAACUCUCAGUUUUAGCCUCUUAGUGGCCAAAACUUGAAAGCACAAAUCACA